AUGAUGGAGAAGAUAUUCCUCCACAGGUUCCUCACUUCGUUUCCAAAUGCCAUAGCUCGUAAAUUAUCGCUGAUGUUGGUAUUUAUCUUAGUUUUCUGGGUCAUUUACUUGGUUUCAAAGGACCACACAAAGUUCUUAUUCGGCUUGAGAAGCCCUAUCACCCUGAGUCAAUGGAACGUCUUCAGAAAGUCCACACACCCUGAAGCGCCACUGGAUCCAGCAGUUUCACCAACAGAGACUGAGCUGAGAAUAAAGGGAAUCAUGGAGAAACUCGGCCAGCUGGUCCCACCCAGACCCUUCACUCACGUGAACACCACCACCAGUGCCGCACACAGCAGAGCUACCCUCCUCAACCCUCAAGACACACACUGCAAAGGGGAUCAGCUAGACAUCGUGCUGCAGGUGAGGGACCACCUGGGACGCAGGAAGGAAUAUGGCGGGGAUUUCCUGCAGGCCAGGAUGUCCUCCCCCGCCCUGCAGGCAGGCGCUUCAGGAAAGGUGACAGACUUUAACAACGGCACCUACCUUGUCAGCUUCACUCUGUUCUGGGAGGGCCAGGUCUCUCUGUCUCUCCUGCUCAUCCACCCCAGUGAAGGGGUGUCGGCUCUCUGGAGGGCAAGGAACCAAGGCUGUGACAAGGUGAUCUUCACGGGCCACUUUGCCAAUGGUACCUCCCGGGUCCUCUCUAAAUGUGGCCGGAUCCUCAGUUCAAGCGCUGAACUGUGCAAGUACCUGGAUGAUCGAGACCAAGAAGCUUUCUACUGCGUGAGGCCUUCGCAUGUUCCUUGUGAGGCCCUAACCCAUGUGACCACCAAGAAUGGAAACAUUUCCUAUCUUAGAAAGGCAGAACGGAGCCUUUUCCACAGGUCCAACAUGGGGGUUGAAAUGAGGAAGAACUUCACCUCCAUUGAGGUCUUAUCAUGUAACCAGAGUAAGAACAUAGAAACGAAAUGUAAGAUUGGAGUGAAGACUCUUUUCCCCAGUGGUUAUGCUAUGAGAAAAAGGUGGAUUACAGCAUUUUGCAAACAGAUCGAGUUGAAUGAAACAAACAAUAUAAAUGACUGCUUGAAGAGAAAACUUAUCUACCUCAUGGGAGACUCAAGACUGCGUCAGUGGAUUUACUACUUACAAAAAGUGGUGAAAACCUUAAAAUAUUUUGAUCAUCAUGGAACUGGGAUCUUUAAAACCUACAUGCUUCUGGAUACUGAAAGACACAUUUUGAUUUAGUGGAAAAAGCAUGGUCAUCCAUUUAUUACCAAAAAUCUGUUCUCGGUGAAAGAUGAAAACUACAUUCCAUGGGAAAUUGACCGGGUAGCAGGAGACAGUGACACAGCCAUUGUCAUUACCCUCGGCUAGCACUUCAGACCCUUUCCCAUCCACAUUUUCAUCCGUAGGGCCAUCAAUAUUCAAAAGGCCAUUGAACAUCUGUUCUUGCAAAGCCCAGAGACCAAAGUGAUCCUCAAAACUGAAAACACCAGGGGGAUAUAUCUAAAUGCAGAGAUGUUUAGUGACUUUCAUGGCUACAUUCAGAAUAUUAUCAUGAGGGACAUUUUUGUGGAUCUCAAUGUGGGUAUUAUUGAUGCCUGGGAUAUGACUAUUGCAUAUGGCACUAAUAAUGCCCAUCCACCUGAUUAUGUGAUUGGAAAUCAGAUUAACGUGUUCUUGUACUAUACUUGCUAG